AUGAGCCUCGAUACGCGCAUCAGCGACACUCGCAAUAUCGAGGCUGGAUUGGACUCCCUGUUUGGGGUCGCCAGGAACCCGAAUUUCCAAUGCCAGUAUGGCAAGUACUCUAUCUGGCAUCUCUGGCCAAACCGGGCCAACGAGGCGGCCUCGAAUGGGCAGUUUCUCAACUACUACGGCAUAUUCGACACCACCAACAGGCUGUACAAGAUCUCGCAACUCGGUAACGUCCCAGGGACAAGUAAACCCGCGCGUAUCCAGUAUUUCGAGAACAUGAGUAGAGCCAUGGCCAAUAACGUUGAGCUGACGGCCCUGAGAAACCAUGUCGUGGAACUUGCGUCGUCACUCGUGGUCAUCAAUGCCUCUGAUCCGAACUUUGGCGCCUGGAGGGUCAACUGCCGAACCCUCCAGGUCCAGGGCCCGGGGCAGGUCGCCCGGAGAGACGAGUGGGAGCCGUAUGACAUGGCCGCCGACAUCAAGUUUGGGCCACACAGGAGAGAAAAUCUUUGUCUUGACUCGGGCGUUGGCGAGGAGCCGGAUGGGAUGGACGGGAUGGACUUCUUUGGGUGA